AUGGGUACGUUUUCAUUCGACGUAAAAGAAAUGUGCUUUUACAGAAACGCUGAAUGUAUCAACACCCCAGGCAGUUAUCAAUGUCUUUGCAAGAAAGGAUAUUUUCACCAUGAAAAAAGGGCAACUUGUAUGGAAGCUAAUAAUUGCAAUUUACCACCUCACGACUGCCACCGGAAUGCUCACUGUAAAAGCCACAAGAGUGGGUAUACUUGUACUUGUAACAAAGGUUACACUGGAGAUGGAAAAGUUAGUUGCACGGAUAUAGACGAAUGCAAAGUCCCUGGUGUGUGUCGACCUCCCAAGAAACACUGCGAGAAUAUACCGGGAUCAUAUACAUGCAAUGCAUGUGAAAAAGGAUACAGUAAUUUGGGUGUUAAGUGUACAGGCAGCUAUCACUGCCUUUGUAAGAAAGGAUAUUUUCUUUCCGACAACGGUAAAGACUGUGUGAAAGUUGUCAAAAGUUGCAACAACACACCAAUGCUAUGCUCCGGUUGGAUGGAAGAGUGCGUCGAUGGAAACGAACCAGGAGAAUUCAAAUGUCAAUGCCAGGACGGAUUUGAGAUUUCUGAACGUGGUGGUUGUGUUGAUAAAAAUGAAUGUGUGAAUGGUGAAAAUAACUGCCAUCAGGAAGCGACAUGUCAUAACAGUGUCGGCCAAGCAAAAGAUGAAUGUGCGUUAAAACUCCAUAAAUGUCACAAAUACGCCCAAUGCUCAGACCGCAAAUUUGGAUACGUUUGCACCUGUCGACCUGGCUUUACUGGAAAUGGGAGAUAUUGCAUCGAUAUCAAUGAAUGUAAAGUUGCCAAAUCGCCAUGUCCUACACAUGCAAAGUGUAAGAAUAGUUUGGGAUCAUAUUCCUGUGUUUGUAAUCCAGGAUUUAUUAUGAAAGGAUCAAAAUGUACAGAUGUAGACGAAUGUGACGUUUCGCAACCGCCAUGUCAAUUUGCAAAUGCAAAGUGUAAGAAUAGUUUGGGAUCAUAUUCCUGUGUUUGUAAUCAAGGCUUUAUCUUGGAAAAGUCAAAAUGUACAGAUAUAAAUGAAUGUAGACUUCCCAAACCGCCAUGUCAUGAACAUGCAAAAUGUAGGAAUAGUUUUGGUUCAUAUUCGUGUGUUUGCAAGCGAGGCUUUAUCUUGAAGAAAUCAAAAUGUCAAGACAUUGACGAAUGUCGUGCUGGAACCGCUGCGUGUGAUGCUCGUGCUGAUUGUAUAAAUACACCAGGAAGAUUCAAAUGUGUAUGUAAAGAAGGAUAUUAUGGCCAGAGGGGGAAAAAUUGCGUUAAAAAAGACAUAAAUGAAUGCGAGAAUGGUAAACAUGACUGUCAUCAAGAUGCAAUAUGCAAAAACAAUCCUGGAAGUUUUUCGUGCGAGUGUGCAACUGGAUUUAAACAAUUUAGGAAUGGUAGACUCUGUCUGAAAGAGGAAGAGGAAGAAGAAGGUACAUGGAGGAGUAUAUUUGUGAUUUCUGCCAGUUGUACAACGUAUAGAAAAUAA